CUUUCACAGAAACACCUACAUACUUAAACUUAGGGAGAAAAAAUGAGGUGUCAUACAGGAUCCUAGAUUUGUGGAAUAGUCACCUGACAUUCCACUUUCUUUUAUCUGUCAUACUGAAAUUCUUCACUCGUUUGGAAACAUGCUUAGCACUGUACGAAACCGUGUCUAACUCUCCGAGUACUUCCAGCGUUUAUGAUUUCAUUUGCUGUCACAACUGUAUGCAAACUUAUGAUCCACAACCAGUCAGCUUACCAAGUAUAUGUGAAGCUGAACCUUGCAGUGACAAGAUGAAGUCAGUGUGGAAUCCAUGCGUGCCAGAAGGAAAACCCCAAAACAGUUUGGCAGCAAAGGGUUUCCGUAGUGUGAGACCAAAAUUCCUUACAUCUAGCAGAAAAUCACCAGUGCAGCCUUCAAUUCACAAUGAGGUGGCAGAUAUCAGAGAAACUAGCCAAAAUACGAGGACAAAAGAGAACCAAGAAGCAUCUUCAGUGAGAAUUCAGUCCAACAUACCAUGUAACACAGAAACAGAAAAGCUAUCAUCUUCCCUUAGUCCGAACAUCAAUGUAAGGUACACCACAGAAACAGAAAGCCCAGUUUCUUCAGUCAGCACAACAUGUCAGGCCCUGUAUAACAUGCAAGUGGAUAACUCUGCAUCUUCAGCUGAUCCUAGAUACCUGCAUAAUAUUGAAACAGAACCACAGGUCACAGAGAUCAACCCAUCUGAUUCAGAGACUGACCUGGAUUCAGUCUACAAAGUAAAGCUACGAACAGUUGGUGAAAAGAUGAACAUUGUCAUCAGAUCAUCUCCUAAUGUUCUGUUGACUUCAGAAAAGAAAAGAUCAUCAUCUUUAAUAGCAAAGAAAGUUUUAGUUGAAGAAGGACCAAAGACUUGGUACAAAUCAAUGUUUGAAAACGAUUACAAUGUACUGAAGGCAGAUUAUAGGAUGUCUUCUAUUGUUAAUGCCAGGAUGAAGAAGUGGGAGCUCGAUUCAACAAAACAGCAGCCCCUUUCCUGUUCUGCCAUAGAUUAUAGAACAAGAUCUCAACUAAUUGGACCAUUGCCCUACAAUUCAACAACAAAGGACAACUGCACAAUUAAAUGGCUACCUUUGUCCGAACCACUCAGCAGUUCUGAUAGUGAAAAGCAAAAUUGUAACCCUCAACCACAAUGUCUACAUCCCAACAUUUCUCACAGCAGCAAAAGUGAUAAAAAUUGCUCCAUCCCAUUAUCAGCCAACCUUUGUGAUACCCUUGGUUGGAAUUGCCAAAAUUACAAAGCCCCUCCAAGUGAAUGCCAGCCUUCAAAGCCUUCAGAAGUACCCUGCAAUUCAUUGAAAGCAAAAGAUCCUCCAUCUCUUUCUUCUACCAAAGCUACUGUUGAAGAAAGCAACUGGUUAUGUCCGAACGACAAAACUGAGGCCUGCAGCUAUCGAGUUAAACCAAAGAGUGCAUUUGAUUGUGAGCCUGGAGGGUCAUCAGUUUUAGAUCAUGACUAUCCAACACCAGUACAAAGCACCAUUUCAGAGCCUGCACUUCUUUAUAAAACUAGAUCCCUCCCGACAUUGGCAAAAUCAGCUAGUCAACUGACCAUCAAUAAUACAAGACAACACAACGGUUUAGAGACAGAUCCACUUCAACUGAAGUUCUUGGAAAUCAGACAUUAUUCAUCUGCUGAUCAAAUCUCCAUAGACAGUAAAAAUGAAGAACUGUCUCUGACUGAUGUACCCAAACUUCCAGAUGUCAAUCAAAGCUUUCAGUCCCAAAAGCCAAAGAUGCCAGAGGAGCCAUGUGAUCCAAGACAGCAAUUGAAAACGGAAUUGACUGUAAGAGUGAAAUAUGACUUCCAUGGUCAAACGUCAAAAGAAUUGCCUGUCACAAAGGGAGACAUCGUCUUUAUUCACAGACAGAGGGAUCACAACUGGUAUGAAGGCAAAUGCAAUGGAAAGAGUGGCUUAAUCCCAAUUUGCUAUGUGGAGCCUGUUUCUGAAUUACAGACAUGCAAACGAGAAGUGCUUGAAGAAGUUGCGAUUGCUAAAUUCAGAUUCACUGCAUUGACCAACAUAGAACUGCCGCUGGAUAAGAAUCAGACUGUAGUUCUGCUCCGGAGGAUAGAUGAGAACUGGUAUGAAGGAAAAUACCCUGGGACUAAUCGGAAAGGGAUAUUUCCUGUCACAUAUGUUGAAGUCAUUGGAAAGCCAGCAGAUGAGUCUGUCUUCCACCGAGAUCUUCCAACAUCUGGGAGUGAUUUGAAAGUAAAAAUGGCUUCCCAGAGGCCUUUUCAGCAGUUUCAGCAAAGAAGCAUGAAUUUUGAGAAUAUUCAGUCUGGUGAAGAAAUGUAUUUGGCUUUAUAUCCCUUUGCUCCCAGCAAGGAUGAUGAACUGGAGCUCAGAGAAGGAGACCACAUUAAUGUUAUUAAAAAAUGUGGUGAUGGUUGGUAUUUGGGUACAUCCAGAAGAACCAAGAAGUUUGGCACCUUCCCAGGAAAUUAUGUUGAAAAAUUGUGUUUGUGACGAAAAGAACUGAUUCUGCAAUUCAACCAACAAAUUACCCUUGGUAAAUUUGUGAACUGGAUGGGUCAGGAAACGCAUUGAAAUAUACAUUCUGUAGAUAAAAUUAAGUCCCAAUAGUAGAUUCAAUUGGCCCAGAAUUUCCUGGAAAGUUUUGGUGUAACUCUGGCAUAAGUGUUGCAUUAUUUUACCCAAAAGAAGUUUGUGUACAUCUGAUUUAAGCUGGCUUUACCCCAAACAAUUGCCACAUGAAAACCAUAUUAUACGGAAGCAUCAAUUCACCAAUUAACAUAGCUCCACCCAUAUGCAAAACACCAGAAAACAUGAAUUUGUUACAUUUUCCCGAGUUUUGAACAUGAAAGUUUAUGUUCAAAGUUUUAGGAACAGCAGGAACUGAAGUCACUGUUUCUGAUAUUUUAUUGCGAUAUUUUUUAGCGAUUUUAAAAAAAUGUUAUUUCUUACUGAGACCCGCAAUCUGUUUUCUAUAUCUUUGAAUGUAUUUUCCUGGCAUCAGGAUCUGUUACAUUCAAAAUAAUUCCCACAAUUAUAUUUUCUUAAACAAGCAAUGUUUAAUGUGCAAAGUUGAUGAUUUGACAUCUUACAACUUCAAUUUUCAUAAUAUCAGUAAGAGGGUCUUAAAGAAAGAAGGUGGCAAAUAAUCUGUGAUUUUCUCAGGUCCUGGUGGUUAAUGACAAUUCUGCUUGUUUUACAUGGGGUUUUUCUUCAAUUUCACAUCAAUUCAUUUUGGGAAAUUCAGCUAAAGAAGGACUUAUCUUUCAGCAAAAAUGUAAUCCAGGAAAUUGCUGGCCAAUGAGCAGAUGCUAAACAUAACUUUGUCCAAAAAUUCUUUUAGACCUUGGGCACUUCCUUUCCCUCAAUUCGCCAUUUUACACUUUCUCCCAUCUAAGAAAAUGGUUACAUGACAUGUUCCCAUGUCACUAUCAAGGCUGGUUUGUAAGCGGUCAGUGAGAGUUGUGUAAGAGUCCUGUGGAUUAACUUACCUUUGAAUUUUAUAUUUUUGUCUGUGGUGUUGGAUACUAUUUCAGACAGACCCAGCUCAGGCUGCUCAGUCACAGAGAUGAACAGGUGUCUUCCUCUUCCUUGUCGCUUAUGCAACAAAAAAAUUGCCAUCAGGCUGCCUGUCUCAAAUACAUUAGUGAAUGAUCAAGAAUUUAUACUUUAAAUGAAUGUUACUUGUCAUAGAGAGCACAUCACCUACAUUGAUUGCAAUUUCCUUGUCAUUAGAUGUGAUUUGUACCAGGCAAUGGCGAGUGUAACUUAUAAUUGAAUAUGGUUCAGUAAUAAAUGGCAGGAAAGAGAAUAAAAGUCUGCUGAGUAGA